AUGGUUUUUAUGGCGGCGCUGAUGGUGGUGGUGUUGGGUGUAGCUCUCGCUGCCCCCUCCGACCCCUACAGUAUUCAACCUGUCCAUAGUUUUCGAUACAAGCAGCCGGGGAUGCCGCACGACUUCCAGUACAAUGUUAGGGACGACUACUCAGGCACCAACUUCGGCCACAGUGAGAACUCCGAUGGCAACACUGUCCGUGGCUCCUACAAUGUCGACCUUCCCGACGGACGCAAGCAGACGUGCUUGCCAUCCACCUACUUCCGACAAGGUCGACCUUCACGAUCACUAUAUAAAGCUUUACCAUCGUACUCUCCACAUCACUCACUCCUCCGCCUCUACAACAAGUAA